CUGUGUCGCUGAGGGAAGGAUUGGAGACUUGCAAGUGAAGGAAACGAAGAAGGAAACGAAGAAGGAAACGAAGUAGGUGUGUGCGCCCUUCACCACUGCCCCCCGUGGCCGCCUGUGUGCUGGAGCAAACGGCAGGCGCGCAGGCGUCUCGCAAACGCAGCCAUCAGCGUCUUUUCUGUCGCUCGCCACCCCUUUUCGCAGUCCACCACAACCGAGCACGAUACUCAUACGUCGACGCAGAUACACGCGGAGGAACUAUCAACAUGUCUUCUCUGUCUCGCCGUGCGUGCUUCAAGUGCGGAAACGUCGGGCACUAUGCUGGUGAGCCGCCCUGCCUUUGGCCGCCGCCUACGCUGCAAUGGGACGCUGUCGCGAGUGCUCGUCGCGAGAUGGCGCUCUCGAUACCGGUACCCGGGUCGCGCAAGCACGAGCUGUGCGACACUGUAACUCGAGGGACACGCGACUGACGUCGAGGAACAGAGGUGUGCUCGUCUUCCGAGAGGCUCUGCUACAACUGCAAGCAGCCUGGACACGAGUCCAACGGAUGCCCGCACCCACGCACUACAGAGAGUACGUUACGCUCGUUCCUUGAGCCCCUCUUCCCCGCGGAAUACAUCACAAUGGCCCGUUGCGUGUAGAUCUCGGCCCGAGGGAAGGAUGUGUACCUUGAGGGAGGGUUGGCUAACAACUGGGCAGCGAAGCAGUGCUAUCACUGCCAGGGCCUUGGCCACGUCCAGGCCGACUGCCCGACUCUGCGGCUAAGCGGAGCUGGCACCAGCGGACGAUGCUACUCCUGUGGCCUUACCGGC